CACAGUAAGCGUCUCUCUCUCUUUCUCUCUCACUCUUCCCCCAGUCGUCCAGCCAGACAGCAAAGGAGAAAGGGAAGGCAGAGACACCAGGGGAGGUCUGACGACACCAUCCCACCUCACCUACACUAAAGCCACAGACUGAUAAAAGCAUGCACGCAGCCUGCUCUCAUCUGACUUUGAUCCAGAGGAACAUCAAGGUUUUAUAACAAGACUGAGACACUGAAAGUAAUGUGUGCACACUUCACUGCCAGGACGAGAUCUUAAAGGAGCUUUGAGGGACUUGGCAUGUCUAAGUGUCCGUGUUAAGAGUCUGCUGUGGCUUUCAAUACUGGCGCUCCAAUGUAAGGAUGGAUGACACAUGUUCCAGGCCAACGGUGUUCUUCACCGUUUUCUGAUCCAACUUUAAAAAAGGAAACUUUCAGCCAAGAAGAAGAAGAAGAAGACGACACAGCUGAAGAAACAAAAACUCAAUUGUAACUUUUAAAUUAAAAGAUGCUGAGGUACAACUUUGGCCACCACUUGCUCUCGCUGGCGGCCCUUCUGGUAAUUGCGAGCUGCGGAGGAGGGGAGCCAAGAAGAGGGACGGAAAGCAGCACCAGUGGCACAGGUGGCAGCAGCAGCAGCAGCAGUGGAUCAAAUGGCAGCAGCAGCAGCAGCAGUAGUAGUAGUAAUUACAGCAACAGACGUUUCCACAGGAUCCAGCAUGGCCAGUGCACCUAUACCUUCAUCCUGCCUGAGGAAGAGGGAGCUGGCGGAGGCUCGUGCAAGGAGGCAAAAGCCGGUAGCCCGCAGUACAACGCCAACUCCCUGCAGAGGGACGCUCCACCACCUGAGCCAGAGUUUCCCACCCAGAAGAUCCAGCAGCUCGAGAACAUUAUGGAGAACUAUACCCAGUGGUUGCACAAGAUUGAAAACUACAUUAAAGAGAGCAUGAAGACAGAGAUGGCUCAACUGCAGCAGAGUGCGGUCCACAACCACACUGCAGCCAUGUUGGAAAUGGGCACUAACCUCCUCUCUCAGACGGCAGAACAGACGCGCAAGUUAACCGACGUUGAGACACAGGUCCUGAAUCAGACGUCAAGGCUUGAAAUCCAGAUGCUCGAAAAUUCUCUUUCCACUAACAAGUUGGAGAAACAGUUAAUGGUUCAGACCAAUGAGAUCAGCAAACUGCAUGACAAGAACAGCCUCAUGGAGCAGAAGAUGCUUGAGAUGGAGACGCGACACCAUGAGGAGCUGGAGACGCUGAAGACUGAGAAGGGGAGUCUCCAGACCUUGGUAGGGAGGCAGAGUGGGGUUAUCAGGGAGCUUGAGACCCAGCUGAACCGAGCCACGGGAAACAGCACGGCCCUGCAGCGACAGCAGCAGGAGAUGAUGGAUACCGUCCACAACCUGCUCAACCUCUGCUCCAAAGAUGGAGUUGUUCCUAACAGUACGAAGGUUGAAGAAGAGGAGAAGAAGUUCCGUGACUGUGCUGACCUCUUCCAGGCCGGCUUCCAUAAGAACGCCAUCUACAACAUCCAGCUCAAUUCCCAGGAGACCAAAAAGGUGUAUUGCAACAUGGAAACAGCAGGUGGCGGAUGGACGGUCAUCCAGCGCAGAAAUGACGGCAGCGUGGACUUCCAGAGAACGUGGAAGGAUUACAAGACGGGUUUUGGGAGCUUGUCUGCAGAGCACUGGCUGGGGAAUGAAUAUGUUUAUCAGUUGACCAGCCAGAGGCAGUAUGCCCUCCGUGUUGAACUGACAGACUGGGAUGGACACCAGGCCUUCUCUCUUUAUGACCGCUUCCAAAUUGGCAGUGAGAAACAAAACUACAGGCUGUUCCUGAAAAGCCACAGUGGGACUGCAGGCAGACAGAGCAGUCUGGUGAUCCACGGAGCAGACUUCAGCACCAAGGACAUGGACAACGACAACUGCCUGUGCAAGUGUGCGCUCAUGCUCACUGGAGGUUGGUGGUUCGACGCCUGCGGUCCGUCCAACCUUAACGGCAUGUACUUCACCCAAGGGCAGCACAUAGGGAAGUUGAAUGGUAUCAAGUGGCACUACUUCAAGGGCCCCAGCUACUCGCUACGAGCCACGGCCAUGAUGAUCCGCCCGCUGGACUUCUCAUAGUCCUCUGAACUUCUACCUUCCGUGUAGAAGGGACACUUCCCAUUUUAUCCUCUUGUCUCAUCUCAUUUUGCUGACCAUGGGAGUCGUCCAAUAAAUCUUUUCCUCCAUGUGGUCCUUCCUCCCCGAGCAGCUGCUACUGCUGUGCUUACUGUUGCUUCCUAACCUUUCCCCUCUUUGAACCGUCAUGAGGAGGAAGACAGCUGCGAGAUACACUUUUGAUUUCUGUUGGGUUUUCCCUCACCUGGAAUUUGCGCACAUUACGAGCACGGUGUGAGGUCAGCGUGAAGCGUGACGUCAAACUGCGGUCCCUCCAUUUAUACCUGGGGGCCCUUGACUCUUCUGUGGAUGUGAAGCAGCUGUCACAGAGCGGCAGUGACUCUUGAACUGCAGCACAGAGCGUUAUUAAGGACACAAAUGUGAAACGUGGCUUGUUUUUGUAAAGUAUUGCUCACAGAAUUAUGUGACUGUGUUAUAAUUUAGUACUUUUGUUAUGUAUACUCUACCCAAAGUGAGAUAAAAUUGUCUUUUGUCAUGUACAGAGUAAACCGAGUUGCUGACUUUGUUAAGGUGACCUUGUAAUCCACAUGACGACGUGUUGGUUGUCGUUACUUGCAGCGCUGGCAGUUCCACGUUUGCCGUCUUGACGUGUUGGUGUGAUUAUUUUUAGAGUUCAAAAUGUGAGGUUAUUAUUGGAUUAAAUUCUGGGCUCGGAUCAAUGUAGCUCCAUGAUUGGCUGAGAAAUGUCUUGCACCUGCCAAGAUUGGAGUUGUGCGAUCACUUUACCUCUGCUGAAUAGGAAAAACAAGGACAUUAAUUUUAUUAGCGAUAUGUCACAAUUACAUCUGUGUGCUAUGGGGGGGUGGAACAUUUUUUUUUUUUACAUUUGCAUGUACGAGUAACAGAUAUGACAUAUAUUCCUGAGUGUAAUGAUGAUGUAACACGUCAUGAGCCUUAUAUAACCACAAAAAUGCUUAUAUUAAGCUGGUGUCCCACACACAAAUAUUCAUUUUAACAGUCUCUCUAUUCCGUUUCAGUUUCUUCUUCUCCUAACUUAUGGCAAUGACGCAAGAAGCAGCUCAUCAGGACAAGUUGCAGCCAAAAUAUUUGUCAUCGACAUGAUUAUUUUAUUAUACAGUAUUAAAUUCAUGCCAGUUUCUGUUUCUCAUCAGCGCAGCUAAGAAAAAAAUAAAAAGAGCUGGAUUUGGAUAUGAACCAUGAAAUUAAUGAUUCCACCAAGUGAUCCGUGUGAACACAUACUGUAUUUCAUAACUUCCAGCUUAUAACAACAGACUCUACUGCGGAGUGUUUACCAAAGGUACAUGUGGCGAGAAGAUAAAAUGUAUCUGGAACUUGUAUAACUGCAAUUGACAUGUUUAUUAGCAUACUAUAAUUUAACAUGUGUGUAUGUAAAUCAGCUUUCCUGAGGAAAGCUACUCUUUUUUUUUUCUCUCCUGUUUUUACUCUGCCAGAAGUACAAUGGUCAUUUGAAGUUGAGCAUAAAACAUGGGAGUUAAGAUAAUAACCCUGGAGAAAUGUGCCUUUGAUAACUCUGCUUUUACCUCAUUCAAUUCUAGAUUUGCAGAUUUAUUUAAACAUCUUUUUUUGUAACAUGUGGUCAGUGUUGUGUUGCUAGAUUAAAAUAAAAGAGCAUGUGAUGCACUAAUGUUUUCAA